AUGGCAAUAGCAAACAUCUUGGAUCGAUCUACAACCGCCUACAAGCCCUUGAAGGAUCAUCUCAUGCCAACUUACAAGAGAGAGAGGAGUCCAACACCCAACCACCCUCCCUUUUAUUGCAAUGCCAUCACAAGAAGAAGCACUACUCAAGUCCAAGGAAGGAAUGAAGAAGAAGAAAGAGAGUAUGAGGAACAAUUGAAUGAUGAAGAUGAAGAGCAGAGCAUCGACAUCAAUGCUUCCCCAAAACAGAGCAUGGAUACACCUAGCCCUAGAGACCCUCGUUUCUCACCAAGAAGUCAAGCUUCUACACUUCCAAGAUUGGAAGCAAUGCAAAGACCAUCACCACCUACUGAAGAAGAAGAUACUUGGCAUAUGAUCCCAUUGAUCCCAACAAGAUAA